AUGGCUGACAAGCCUUUAAAAAAGCCCGAAACACCUGUUGGUCGCUUUGAUCAUCCACAAUAUGAUCCUUUUGGAGGAGAUUCCCUGGAAAGGUUUCCUGAUGACAUCAAUCCAGUUACAAAGGAAAAGGACAGACCAAGAGGUCCAGAGCCCACCCGCUAUGGAGACUGGGAACAAAGGGGACAUUGUAUUGACUUAUAG